AUGAACUCCGCCAAACUGAUGGAAUGGCUCAAGGAGCACAGCCCAUUUCUCCCCAGAGCUCUAGCCGGUCUCGUCACAUUGGUCAUCCUCUUCGCCGCUCUCGUCCUAUUGAGGUAUCGAAAACAUAAACUGGUCGAAAAUCUGAUGCCUGGCGUGAUGGUUCGUGGACUUGUAUUGGCCCAUCUAGUUGGUUUGAUGGCUCCGGAAUACCAAUUGGAACAAGACCGGAUUACUGUAACUGUCGACAACUCGAAGGCUGUCUUCCUACCAGAUGGUUCUAUGAAAUGGAUCAAAAUCAGUUACCAGAUGUUUCUCUUGGAAAACGCCAGCGCGAUUUUGAUGAAAAUGCUUUGGCGAUUCAAUUUGUUGAGCACUUCAAGAAUUCGGGUGAUAAUGGUUGUGAUCCAUAUUCUACUGUGUGCCGUCAAUUUCCUAUUUAUUGCCGCAGACAUCGUGCCAAUGAUUCUUCUGGCUCUUGUGGAGACCUCCCUCUUCCUCACCUGCAUCCCAUUCUACCGUAUCUCCGCCAAACUACAAGCCAAUCGGACCCUGAUCAAAUCCGACACCCAAUACAUCAAAUAUCGCUGCUAUGGGAAACUCGGAGAAGUCGUGAUCUCCUCAUUCUUCUACCUCCCACUUCUCGCCGUUUAUUUCGGAAAACCCUCGACCACUAUCAUCUGGAAUUAUUACCUGACUUAUUCCAGUCAGGCUACAGUAAUCCUGAUGGUCGGUUGGCUAGGAGUACUGGCUUAUAAAGAAGCAUCCCGCCCAAUUUACAAUGGUCGGCCAAUUGGGGAAAAUCGAGAAAGCCGCUUCUAA